GCUCGGAAUCUUUCGUCCGCGAGAGUGAACCCAAUCCCGAUAUCCGCGGUCUUCGAUAUCCGCGACGUGGCGUUGCCGUCUCGCGGUGUGUAAUUCUCAGGUCCGUCGAUUUUAGUUUACAGCCCGCUCGGAGUCAGUGUUUCGCUCACCGUCUUCGGAAUCUUGACUGCCGGGCUCCGUUGUUUGCCCGCGGGAAUUGAUGGGAAUAUUAUCGACCCCGGAGGGUAAAUGUUUGGAUUGCUCUCGGACGCUCAGCUCUGACGACCGCUCGCAACAUCCCCUAAUUCGCGGAUCCUCGCCAAAAGUGCGCUUCCCACUUUGAGCGGAGUUGUGACGGGGGUAUAUUCGUCCGAUUCGCGCGGUGAUAUAGUAUGUUUUUGCCUCCCUUGCAAUCGAUUUUAAGGGUUUACAAACAGUACCUCACUUUCAGUAGGGGCAAGGCGUCGAAAGUCGCUGUGAAGACCCGAAGUCGGGUAGUUUGUUGAUCGGCGACAAAGUGCGUGUCUACGAUGCCGAAAUUUUAGGAAAUUUUUCCACCUGGAACAUUUUUAGAAUAAAUCGUUUCCUCUCAAGGUGCGCGUCCAGGAUUUUCAAAUUCUAGAAAAAGUCACCCCCUAUGAAAAGUGUUCGGAUUGGACUCUAAUUUCGAUCUGAUAACUGACUGCGCGUUCGUGGCAUAAUAUUUUUGAUCAUUGUCUUCAACCUGGAAUCUUCAAUAGUCCGAACAUCUUUUCGUGACAAAAAUGUAAAGAUGAUCUACUGUGAAGCCUCCCUUUCAGUUCUAGUGUCACUGUCAAUUUCGUAAAAUUUUACAAACUGAAACAUACUGAAUCAUAAUUAUCUUCAUCAAUCGUGCUAAAACUGUGCAAUUUGUGUUCCUUGGAAAAUCUACAAAAAACCGAACGAAUUUCUGCACAUUUGUCUAAAAAAAACAUCAAAAUAAAUUAAAACGUCAUAACAUCUUGGAAAAAUAGUGCAAUUUCUUCGGCUCAUAAAACCACCGCAUUAAAACUCACAUACCCUUACACAUUAUUUCUUAAUAUCGAAUUGUCAUUAAAAAAAAAAAAUCGCGCGAAAUUGUAUUAGUACGCAGUGUGCUCGCCGACCAAACAGUAAAAUGUGAGCGUUCCCGGGGGAUGCGUCGCUACCCUGAUGGAUUUCCUACCCCUGCGAUGGCCUUCCUUUGACUGUCGAUUCUCCGAACCUACGAUGGGCCUCAUGGAAAACAUGACACACGUCCGGCACGCGAUAUCGCACCCGCGCUGCCCGGCCAACUUUUCCUCGACCUGCGUCAACUUCACGUGGGUCUGCUGCAACGACGACGGCGGGUGCAGCCCGCCCGUCCACGAGGAGAGCAAGUUCCGAUACACCCUCAUCGUCAUCUGUUCCGUCUACGUUCUGGGCGUCCUGGGGAACCUGACCGCGCUCUUCAUCCUCUGCCGGGUCCGUUCCAGGCCGCACAAUGCCAAGCACAGGAUGAUGUUGCGGUGUUUGGUGAGCAACGACCUGGUGGCGCUGAUAGGGAUGAUGUCCUUGUUCCUCAUCCAGUGCAUGGUCAAGCACAGCCUCUGGCUAUGUCGCUUCCGGGUUGUGCUCAGGGGUUUUGGGCUGUACUCUGGCUGUGUCGUGAUCGUCAUGGCUGUCGAGAGGUACAUCGCCCUCACCAUGCCGUUCUUCUACCAGAAGCACGUCACGAUCCAGUUACUGAAAAGAAGUAUUUUCGGGAUGUGGCUGGUGUGUUUGACGCUGGUCUGUCUUCCUCUCGUGCCCAACAUUCACUUCGGGCUGUACGCCGAGCAAGACAACUGCACCGGCCAGUACAUUUGUGCCCGAUACAAAAUGGCCAAAGAGACGCCAGACGUCACCUAUGCCUACCUAUAUUUCACUUUCGGGAUGAUCCUGGUCUUCUGUAUUGUGUGGUGCAAUCUGGCUGUGAUGAAAUCCCUGUGUCUGAAGGGACCACCAGGAUCCCGACAACAUGUCCUCGUCAGAAGGAUCAGUCGAAACAGCUCUCUGUCCUCCAACUCCUCGACCAAAGAGGAGGUUGCCUUCGGGAAACUUAUGGUGCUACUCUGCGUUGUUUUCGUCCUAUGCUGGCUUCCUCAAAUGAUCUCAAUUCCACUGGCGCACUUGUUCCACAACUGGAAGAACCUGUCGCAUUUCUUCAAAUUCGCCGACCUCCUGAUGGCGUUCCAUUUCACGCUGGACCCGUAUUUGUACGUGCUCCAGCGAUGGUCGGUCGUUAGAUCCCUCUUCCGGGCCUCCUCCAGCCGAACCAGCUCCACCAAGACGUCCUACCUCGAGGCUUGUCCCCUCAAAUGACGAAAGAUCAAAGUUCACCAGUUGAACUUGGCACCCCUCAAAUGACCUCAAGAAUGCGGGCAGACCCCCGAGGCAGAUUUUGAGGUGCGUCUGUGACAAAUCAGUCUAGGACAGAGUCUGCGAUUGAAGGUCCGUGGGGAAAAUAGGGCCGCAAAACGAGAGCAGGUCUUCUUGAAAAUUUUCGGGCGUGGCCCAAAGUAGCAUAUCGACGGUGUAAGUCCGCAACCAUGUACUAUCUAGGUUGUGGUGUUUGAAAAGCUCCGCUUUUAUUUUAUUCUUUUUUAAAGGGAGAACACCCCAAGUAGCACAAUGCAACGAAAA